AUGAUGGACGAUGAUAAAAUGUCUAUUGAAGCAGCUAGUCAUCUCUUCAAAAAGAUGACCAAGAAUGACACUGCAGUCAUUGCUAAGGUGUUACUCAAUGGAAAGAGACAUCCAUUGAUUAGGCUCGACGGAAAAGAGCUAGGCAACGAUGGGUGUGGUAUCACCGAGGAGGGUGGUAUCAAGCUGCUGGCGUACCUCGAAAAGACCAAGUUCUCCAUUGUCAACCUCAAUCUAAAGUGUAACAAGAUCAGCAGAGACACCACCGACAAGAUCACCGAACAACUCAAUCUGAAGAAAGAGAAAGAGAGAAAGAGAAAGCUGAAAGCUGAGGCACAAGAUUUGAUCACAGAGGAAGCAGAGCGAAUGAUCAAGAUCAAACUAAAGGAUGUCAAUGAGAAGGCACAGAAGGAGUUGGAGAGUAAAUUGAAAGAUCUAGGCAAGAAGGAACAAGAGAUACAAUCGAAAGAGAAGAUACUAACAAGAGGCCAAUCUGAGCUAAGUGCCAAACUUAAAGAAUUUGAAAAGAAAAAAGAAACAAGAGAAAAAGCAAAAGUAAAGAAAGAAAAAGAACAAAAGGAAUCAACCUCGCCAAAGUCAAUAAAAAAGAAGAAAACAGAUGAUCAUAUUACUAUUGUUGUUGCUGGUGAUAAGGAUUUGGAUAAAGAGUUGCUCAUUGGCUAUGGUAUGAACGUUGUCAGUGAAUGUAAAGUUGUUUCUGAUAGUGAUUUUGAAAAGACUAUCAACGGUAAUAUCUUGUUGGACGGUGGCAAAUCUGUGAACUUUACAUUCGUCAAUACCAGUGGUCACGAUCGUUACUCUAGAUUGAGAGCACUCCAAUAUGAACACGCAGACGGUGCCAUCGUGGUCUACAGUGCGUUCGAUCGUGUAUCGUUCGAGGAUCUUUCGUUCCAAUGGCUGCCAGAAAUCAACUUCAUGGGUAAGAUGCCAAUAUUCGUUGCCGGUAUGCAAGUCGACAAGAGAAACAAUCCACCAAGACCGUCGGACAUCACCGAAGAGGAAGGAAGAGAGUUUGCCAAGAAGAUUGGAUCCAACGUAUUCUUUGAGCCAAACUGUGCUGACGACUUUAAAAAGAUGGUCAAUACAAUCUACAAGGAAAUGAAAAAGAAGAAGAAGUAG